AUGAUUGGUCUGAAGAAGAAGAAAAUGAUUUCAUCCGACAUCAAUACGUAUCAAACACAGGAAACGGACGAUAACACAUAUGUGGCAUCUAAUUUCAUUUCAUCAGCACCAGCUAAUCGAAUAACAACACACGCAGAAUCAAUCGUUUUUCAAGCCCUACCCGCACCUCUUGCUGCUCCAGUAGGAUGGCGUAGUCAAAUCAUCCAUUCAAAUUCUCCUGUUUUCACCGACGAAGAACGUAGAUUAUUGGAAUCGAAGACUACAUACAGUAGUAAUUAUUCGGAAUAUAAUACUAACGCUGGUGUAUUCAAUGCAUCUGCAGUGAAUCGAUUCUCAGCAGGCUACACAGGAAAUAGUGACGAAUAUACAAGUACAUCACUGUCUAAAAAUCGAGCAACUGGCGGACAUGUAACGUUUGCGAACAAUGAAUCGGUCGCUGAAAACGCUUUAGCUUUAACAGAUAGAUCAGUUGAAAAUAACGCUUUGGUCACUACAAAUAGGUAUCAUGAUAAUCAAACUGUACUAACAGAGCGACAACAGCAUGAUAUAAUUCAGCGAGUCGAACAUCAGCAACCACCACCAUUGAUUGUUCGAAAAUCUCUACCGAAUAAUACUGUUACAUACAGACAAAAUGUGUCAGUAAGAUAUUUACAACCACCAACGCCCCCACCACCAGGACCGCUAAUUAUUCGUGAAGUUCAACCACCACCACCGCCACCACAAUCUCCGAUCAAAAUCCAACAACGUGCUCCACCCUUGCCGACUCCGCCUCCGUUGGUACUUCGAGAACGACCUCCUCCGCCUCCAGAAACCCAAGCUCCUAAAGUAGUAGAAAAACUAUUACCUCCAUUACCAGGAGGACCGCGUCCUGUUAUUGUUGAACGCUAUGGUGCUUGUCCACCUAAACCUCAAGAUGUUAUCAUUGAGCGUUGGUUACCUUACAAACAGACUGGUGAACGGCGCGUUGUGGUCGAACGAGCACCGCCACCAUGCGUAUCCGAACGAGAACCAAACUUACUGAUUCUACAUGACGGACCUCGAGCAUGUAUUCGUAAAGAAUAUAUAAACCAAGGAGUUGUUCGAGCUGAUCCAGACUGUUACAUUCGACAAUACGGAGGUGAGCUGAACAGAUGGGAAUCAAAUUCACAACAUGCUCAUCUGGUUAGUGAAGCAUCUCGUGCUGUUCCACCACCCUUCGGAACAUUUACCGAUCGAUAUCAUGAACAUUGUCCGGGUAGAUAUGAACGCGCAAGAACUCCUUGUAUCGAAUCAAGUACGUGGGAAAGAGUACGAGCGCCAACAUCGAUUCCUCGCUGUUCAUCCUAUAGCUAUGUCCCGUCAUGCUGUGAACCAACUGUCAAUUACUGCAAAGAAGUCGUAUCUGAUUGUGACUAUAGUUAUCGUCAAUGUUAUGACGAUUGUUACCGAUGUGAGGAUAGAUGCGUGGACCGAUGCGCAGACAGAUGUGUUACGACGACCGAUAUAAUACCAUCAUGGAAUCGUUACUGUCGUUCAUCAAGUUACGACUGUGUUCCAUCAUGGAAUCGUUAUUGUCGUUCAUCAAGUUACGAUUGUCUUCCAUCAUGCUACUCGAUUAACCCCUCGUGUAGUUCGAAAACAAUUCGUGUCUGUUCUGACGAUGAAUUUCGACGCGUUCUCUGCGAUCUAACAAAUGGUCAUGUUUCAUCUGGUCUCCGAUCAUUAUGUUAA